GUCUCUCGCAUCCACAUCUCUUCAUCUCUCCGUCUGCUCAGCUUCUGUUCCUGCCCACUGUCACAUCCCUUCCUUUCUCCUCCUCUUCCUCCUCCUCUUGUUUUUUUCAUUCUUUAUUUUGAUUCUUUAUCUUCGACAUGCUGCUCACGUGAAGUCAGCCAACUUGCAAAGCCCGUGGAUGCCUUAGUUAAAAAAAGAAAGAAAGAAAGAAAGAAAAGGCAAAUGCGCUGUCGGGGAAUAAGAGAAAAAACUACGCACGUUCGCAUCUUUCAUUGAGUGCGUUGGUCUGAACGAAGCAACAGCAUGGAUCUGUCCUUCAUGGCUGCGCAGAUCCCAGUAAUGACGGGAGCCUUCAUGGACUCCUCGCCCAAUGAUGACUACAGUGGCGAGCACUCACUCUUCAACUCCUCGGCCAGCGUCCACGCCGCUGCCUCAGCCGCCUCGGUGCAUGGCCAGCAGGAUGAGUCCCAGUCCAUGUCCAGCGAUGCCAUCUGGCUCUGGAUCGCCAUCGUCGCCACCAUCGGAAACAUUGUGGUGGUGGGCAUUGUCUAUGCCUGCACUUUCUGAUGAACAUAUGCUUACAAAGACAAACAUACACACACGCACACAUCUGGCUUUUUUCAGAUCUCUGGAGUGAGGCCAUGCUUUGUAGACAGACACACAUACUCUCUUUCUAUGUCUAUCGCUCUUUUUCUCUCCCCCUCUCACUCGAAUCAGUUUGGGCCCCUAAGGGUGCAGGCGUUGUGAUACCAGACGAUGACAUAUAGACUUCUGUAUUUCUUCAUCAGAGGGAAAGACUGGGACAUCUACAAGUUUGAAAAGAAGCUUUUGUGUACGACAGCUCUUUAGUUAAAAACAGGAACAUCAGACCUGCGCUCUCAAGCAAGAAUCAAAGGAACUUUUCAGCCUAAGUUUUUUUCCGUGUUUCUCCUCAGACAACACUCUCACUUGUAAUGCAGAGAUGAGAAUGGAGAUUAAAUGAGGCUUAAGAUUCGGGUUGAUCCAGGCCAUCUUAAACAUCCACCAGAUAGUAGCUAAGCAAUUUAGGGCAGUGCUGUUUAAUUAUGCGGCUGAACCGAGAUGGUGAAUGUUAAAACAUUUAGAAAGUAGUGGGAUUAUUUUCAUGUCAGGCAGCCCUAAGGGCCCAGGGCAUUAGAGCUCAUUUAAGGACUAAUAUUUGGAUAAAACAUCGUAUGGACACUGAUCAUCAGUCUAUAUAUUAUGUUUCUAACAAUUUUACUAACAGGAAACAAAGAAUACAACUCUGAAUAUCAUUAGACUCCUUUUGGUAGACAUUUAAAAUCUAAUAAAAAUGCUUUCUGCAAUUUUAACUCAAUUAUACACAAUGGAUGAUGACUUUAUAAUUAGAUGUGUAGUGUAAAACUAAGUCAACCCCUGUGAAAUGAAUGGUCUUAUUGUCAAAUACCUACAGUAAUAUUCACCAGGGAUUAUUAGAAAAUCUAAUUGUAUUCAUGGUCCCUUCAGUUAUGUUUGGAUAUUAUCUAUGGAUGUUAACAAAAUACAAUUUAAAAAAGCACAAACUGAACUGCAAGAUGACGUAGCCUACUUUACUUACUGCACCUGUUUUUUGUAUUAGUAUUAGUUAAUUAGUAGCUCAUAGCUUGUAAAAGUAUUUUUUAUCACUCAUACUGAAAACUGUCAGCAACAAAAGGAUGAUAAUACAGAUGUGUAAGAACAGAUGUGGCACAUUGGUAAAUGGUAUGUGUUUAAAAGUAAUUUAACAUCUCUGCUGAACUUGUGAUAAAUGUAUACAAAUGUAAAUGGGGACAGGAGGCCUUAUUUUAAAUUAAACGUUAUAUAUAUGAAGCUGUUCCUCUAAAUUUCUCACUGUUCAAUAAAUUAGUUUCGUGUUACUGUGGAAUCUGGAGGCAGUUGUAUCCAUGGCAACUAAUCAUCAUCCUAAUUGGGAACAGCAACUUUACUCUGAGACUCAGGCAUUAACCUGCGGCCACAGAUGCAAUUAUGCUUUUUUUUUUUCUGUGAGCAUUUUAUAAUUUCUCCCACACAAAGAAAGUCACUGCACUGCAUUUACACAUAUAUUACAUCUGGUAACCAGUGAAUGUUUCAACUUUACAAACUAUGUGUGCUUCGCUUACACUGUUUAUUUCCCUUUUUUAAGACAGCAAGCUACCAUAUGAGAACUGACUUUAUUUGUCUGUCAACCGGUCUUUCUUUACCUGACAAACUGACUGAGAUAUAUAUUUUAGACAGAGAGAUAAAUAGAAAGGGAGAGCUCCUUUUUUCUCAUUUAUUCUGGGAUUUGAGAGAUUAUAUCAAUGUGCUUUAGGUUAAAAGAUAUGAACCUGUCUUGUAAACACCAUACACGUUCAAAUGUUCAUACACUGCGAAUUACAAUAGUAGAUUACUGUAUCAACUGUACCAGUGUAAGGAUAAAUUCAGUUACACAAUAGUCUAAUCUCUGUUAUUACGAGUAUACUUGUACAAUGUUCAAAGAAGGACUUUUUAAGCCUGUUAUUUUUAAUAAAUGGUUGAUGUAGAAAUACUGUAUUUAGACAUGUUGUAAACCACGUACACAAUGCUCCUUUUGUAAAGACAUAUGCUAUUAAAAUUUCUGUAAUGCA